AUGGGUCUUCAAGACGAGGUGCAGCCAGCUCCUGGCGAUUUUCAUCGUAAUAUCUCAGGACUCGAUGCAGAAGGAUACGAUAACUACCCGCCUACAGAUGAACUGGCAAAUCUGGAAAUUGGAGAUGAUUUCUGUCGUCAUUGUCAUGAAGGCUUCAAAGUAAACGAAAAAGUUGUCCAGGCUCGAAACGAGAAGUAUCAUGUGGAUUGCUUUGUUUGUGCUCAAUGUUUUCAACCGUUUCCGGAUGGAGUUUACUAUGAUUUUGAUGGUAGAAAAUAUUGUGAACAUGAUUUUCAUGUUCUCUUUGCACCAUGCUGCGGAAAAUGUGGUUAUUUUAUCGUUGGUCGUGUAAUUAAAGCCAUGAAUAGCAGUUGGCACCCUGAAUGCUUCCGCUGUCAGAUUUGCGACAAAUGUCUUGCGGAUGAUGGUUUUGUUAAGCAUGCUGGUCGUGCCUUAUGUCAUGAAUGCAACAAUCGCGAGAAAGCAAAUAGCUCAGGUCGCAUACUCUGUUUCAAAUGCCACUCUUAUGUUGAUGAGAGCCAACAGUUAAAAUAUCAGUCGGAAGUUUAUCAUGCCUAUCAUUUCACUUGUUCCUCGUGUGGUUCGGAACUCAGUUCAGAUGCCCGUGAAAAGGAUGGUGAUCUCUACUGUCUAAGGUGCUUCGACAAAAUGGGAAUUCCUAUUUGUGGCGCCUGCAGACGUCCCAUCGAAGAGCGAGUUGUCCAUGCACUGGGCAAGACUUGGCACGUAGAGCACUUUGUCUGUGCGCGUUGUGAGAAGCCCUUCCUGGGUUCAAGACAUUACGAAAAGAAGGGUCUGGCUUACUGUGAGUUGCACUAUCAACAACUCUUUGGUAUGCUCUGCUUCUCCUGCAAUCAGGUCAUUCCAGGCGAGACUGUUUUUGCUCUCAACAAGGCCUGGUGCGUCGACCACUUCGGAUGUAUUGUUUGUGAUCGUCGUAUCAGUCCUAAGACAAAGUUCUACGAGUUUGACCUGCGUCCUGUGUGCAAAUCCUGCUACGAGAUGUUCCCAAUGGAGCUGCGAAAGCGAAUCGCCAAGAUGCACAAAUUGGAAGACUAG